AUGGCGCAGCCUCAGUCUCAGGGUCCCCCGCGGGCCUUCUCGCCGCCCCAGCUCAGCCCUUCGCCGGCGCCGCCACAGGCGGCCUACGCGUUGCCGCCGAACAAGCGACCCCGAGCCGACGGCAUCCCUCCGCAGCCCGCAUCGCCAUAUGCUUCGUCGCCGUACGCCGCGAGUCCCGGCGCGGUGGGAACUCCACCGGCCACGACGGGCUCGCCGAGAUACUCCCAAACCCCUCCCGUGGCGGGGGCCUACACGCCUCCGCCUGCUCCUCCGCCGCCAGCGGCAGUGACGAAUGGAGCGAGGGCAAACGGCUUGAACCUCCCCGACGCACGCGCAGGUGCAACACCACCCAUGCAAACGCCGCAAAACGCGCCGGUGCAGGUGUCGGCGCCGACGGCGCAGGGGCCGCCGCAGGGACAGGCGCAGUACACGACGGCGACGAUGGCGCCUAUCCAUUACCCGGCCGCCUCUCCGACCAACAGUCCGGUGCCGACGCCCGCCCCUGCGCCGACGCCGGCUGCCAACGUCAUGGGUCCGCCGCAGCGGCCGGCGGAGAGACCUGCCAAGGACUACGAAUACGACGUGACGGACUCCCUGGCAGGCACCGGCAUCGACCUGCGUGCCGAGGAACAGUACAUGUCCGACCUGUACUCGCACGCGCUGGAUGCGGGCUCGGAUUCCAGGACGGGCUUUCCCCAGCACCCGCCGGGGCCCAAGUCCACCUUUUACGGCGCCGGACCGGCGAACCAAGCGGCGGAAUCGACGAACGGCAUGGACCAGGACGAGUUUGCCGCCAAGGCCGCCGAGCGAGCGUGGUCGGAGUCGUCGAUGCGUCUGGCGGUGCAGAGGACGCAGGAGAUCAACGACCCCUUCCUGCUGGUGGCCCUGCUGCAUCAACGGGCGGAAAAGGCGGCGCGGGAACACCACCUCGGCCUCAACCUGGACAUGAAGAAUAACAACCAGACGAUGGGUAAAAUGAGGCUACCCGAGCAGUUCCCCACGCCCGCGGUCAACGUCCGCACGGAGCAGGGACCCGACGGCACGACAGUUGCGACGACAGGAUCGUACAUCCCGCAGGACUCCUUCCUCGUCGAUCAGCUGGCACUCAUGUCCAUCGCGACGAAGCAGCGGCUACGCGACCUCGUCGAGGAGGCCAGCGUGAUUGCGGUCCACAGGCAGCAAACGUCGCACGGCGAUGUCCCGGAGGAGUGGGCGGCCGCCGCCGCGCCGUUGAACAUGGAGCCGCUGGAGCCCAUGCAACUGGACGAGGCAGCCGGCGCCACCGAUGGCGGCACGAAUCCGCUGAAGCGUGAGCGUUCACCCCGUCCCCGGCACGCGGCCAAAGCUGACCGAGAGGGGAACACAGGCUCGGCCGAGGCGGCAGCGACGGAGGAUGGCGCGGUGGGUGCGAGCAAGAAGCUGCCCAAGAUUGGCGGAUCGAGCGUGACGGUGCCGAUGCGCGAGAGGGCUCGACAGGAGCGUGAGUGGGAGGAGGCGCGGCUGCGAAGACGACAACGACGCAAAGAGGGCGGCACGGAGAGCGGGUCGACGGCAUCGCGGGCCGGCAGCGUGUCGGCCGGCACGGCGGGAUCGGUGGCCCCGGAGCCGGAGAAGGGCAUGACGAAGAAGGAGAUGAAAAAGAACCAGGCGCUGAAGGCGGCCGAGGCCAACAGCCACGCCAACCAGAACAUGACGAGCAGCAUGUUCGCAGGCUUGGGCGGCAAGGGGUCCCUCUUCGGGAAGAAGAAGACGGGCAAGACGUACGACUGGAUGAACGUCGGGCGCACGGGGGGUGGCACGAACUCGCCGGCAAGAGCAACUCCCGGACCCAAGGGGAUCAACGGAAGCGGCGGGGCGUCGGCCGCGGCCCAUCACGCGCUGACGACCGAGGGCCGGAAUCGCCUGGGCGCGUGGCGGGAGGACAAGGAGAAAGGCAAGAGCAUUCAGCUGCGCGAUUGGGUCAUGGUCCUCGAGAGGGACGGCCGAGAACAAAACGCGCUCUCGGCGGCGUACGUGCAACUGGACACAUCGAACCCCAGGUAA